GAGAGAGAGAGAGAGAGAGAGAGAGAGAGAGAGAUUAUAACGACAACAGAGAAGGAGAGGGAGGAGGACAGAUUAAGCAGACUGAACACAACUGUUGUUUUAAUCCUCUGAGCGGAUAGAUUUAGAGGAAAAAACUCCUGGUUUGGAGAAGAGCAGCCAUAUUGCAUGGAGCUUUGGUGCCAUAACAAUACGAGGACUUCAGGAGGACUCUGACUCUCUCCUAUUUAUUAUUUCUUUAUUUUAUUUUUAGACAGUGUUAACCAAUAGAUUGAAAGAUGAAGGACCGACUGGAGCAACUAAAGGCGACAUGCGAUCAUGAUGAUGAAGAUGUUGAGAUCGCCGUGGACAACGCUGCCUUUAUGGAUGAGUUCUUCUCCCAGAUUGAAGACAUCAGGAACAGCAUUAAUAAGAUCGACGAGAAUGUGGCCGAAGUGAAGAAACUUUACUCAGUUAUUCUUUCUGCACCAACAUCUGACCAGAAAACACAGGAUGAUUUGGAGGCGCUUACUAACGAUAUCAAGAAAAUGGCCAACAAUGCUCGUAACAAACUGAAGACCAUUGAAAGGAAUCUCGAGAUGGAAGAAGUGGAAAGAGUAUCGGCUGACUUGAGAAUACGCAAAUCACAGCACGCUGUACUUUCCAGGAAGUUUGUUGAUGUGAUGACCAAAUACAAUGAAGCUCAGGUGGACUUCAGAGAGAAAAGCAAAGGUCGCAUUCAGAGACAAUUAGAGAUCACUGGUAAAGCCACAACUGAUGAGGAGCUGGAGGAGAUGCUGGAGGGAGGAAAUGCAGCCGUUUUCACAGCGGGGAUUGUGGAUUCAGGGAUCUCCAAACAAGCACUGAGUGAGAUUGAAGCACGUCACAAAGACAUUGUGCGUCUGGAGAGCAGCAUAAAGGAGCUGCAUGACAUGUUUGUGGACAUCGCCAUGCUGGUGGAGAGCCAGGGCAACAUGGUUGAUAACAUUGAGGUGAAUGUAGGUAAAGCAGUCGAUCACGUUGAAGCGGCAAAGACUGAAACCAAGAAAGCAGUCAGGUAUCAGAGUAAAGCCCGGAAGAAGAUGAUCAUACUGGGUGUGAUUGGUGCUGUGGUGCUCAUUAUCAUCCUCAUCAUCAUCCUCACACAGGUUCUAUGAUAACCUCUGUGGCUGCUCAUGAACUCUUUAUUAUUAUAGAUGAUCAUUCCCUCCACUCCUUUCCAUCCUCCCUGUUUUUCCUUGGAAGUACGUCAAGAUGAAAGCUCCGCCCCCUGUACCUGUGGCCCCUCCCUUCAUCAGCACAAACCAAUGGGACUCUACUCUGCUGGAACCCUAGUGAUGGUCAAGGAAACAGAUUGUGUUUUUUUUGUAAGGACGUGAAUGAACUUCUACUACAUGCCAGGAAUGGCGUUUGAAGGAAGCACAUUUUAAAUCCAUGAGCACAGAAUAAGGGAUUUUUAUGAGACUUACAAGGGAAAGGUAACCUGAUGUUUUUAUUGGAUUGUGUUUUCAUAAGACACAUCAAUGGCUACAUCUGCUGGUUGAGCUACUGAACUGUUCCUGAUCAAAAGGGCUCAGAUAUGGUUUCAGCUUCUAUUUUGGAUCCCUGUGAAAUGAACACAAUAAGCUAAGCUUUGAUGGGUCGCCCAGAAUGGAAGAAAUCCACAUGUGUAUGUUUUUAAUGUGAUGAACAUCUGUAUGGGGUUUAACCAAAGGAAUAAAUUACAUUAUAUGUUUUCUAAGUAUUUGAGAAAUUAAUGGAUGGAUUCAUGGGAAUCAUUAUCAUAAAACUGUCAUUAGUUUAUAUAAUAAAUAAUAUUAAUAUUUAGCAGUCAGCGAAUAUGGGUUUAUAUGUGAGUAUGGGUUCAAUAGUUACACUAUUACUUAAACUGUUAUUUCCAGUCAUAAAUAUGUGGUUACAGACCAGCAAAAAAUGUAUUAAAAACCCAAACCUAAGGUGCUAAAUCUCAUCACAGUACUUAAAUUUACUAGUUAGUUAUCUAUUCAAAUUAUAAGUAUCACUUAGUUUCAGUGUGCCUUGUAAUAAAUUAUUUUAAAUUAAAU